AAUUUAGUUCAAGUUUUUAUUAUUCAUUGGAAGAAUUCCUCCAGUAAUUACAAUGGCUCGUGAUUCUGAUGCAGAAUCCGACGUUGACAUGAACGAUAUGACGAAAAUGGUCGGGGAUUUGAAAAAUUUAGAGAGUGAUUUAUUCGCAUCGACAAGAAAUCCAAAAACGGGGGAAACUAGAAAUCGAGUGAAAGAUACUACGAAAAAAGUGGCAUUCGAAGAUUCUGAUGAUGACCUGGACGAUCUCCUUAGCGAAGGAAAGGACUCAGUGCAAAAUACGAAAUUCCUUUCGAGUGAUUUAAAGUCGAGCAAAGUCGCUGCUUUAUUCAGGAUCGGGACAUCGGAGUCCAAAGGAGUCCCGAUCAAUGCUCCAACGUUACCAGAAUCGAUGGGUUCAUUAAAACCUGUUCAGAAGGAUCUUCCCCUGGAAAAACGUUCGUUGGUAGAGAAAACAAGUGGGAAUGACCCACAGAAGGCAUUAGAACCCUUCGAGACCUCCAGGAACGAAAUUUCAACAAUUAAAGUACCUGACCGGGUGAAAAAAUCAUUAUUCAUGGAAGAUUUGAUUGGCUUGAAGCCUCGGGCGAGUUCUCUCAAAGACGUAUCUAAGAGUCCCCCUAAAAGAAUCACCGAAACACCUGAAAAAUCAUCCGAAUCAAUGCCAAAUCUCGUGGGGAAAGAUCAAUUGGAAAAAUCAGGCUCCAGUGGAUUUACUCUAACUGCUUCCAGCUCCAGAGAGCCUAGAAGAGGUCGAGGCAAAUCCACUGCUCUUAAUGAUCCUCUCGGAUUCUGGGCAUCCUCUGCACUCCAGGAGCCACAAAUUCCAGAUCAAAAAUCAGAAGUACUAGAGAGAAAAUCUCAGAAUUCUGAGCCUCCGGACGACUUACCAGAGUGGCUGGGUGGUACCAGGAAAACCGAUAAAUCCGAAGUAAAAGCCCAGGACUUACCAGCAGCAGUGAAAAUUCCUCAACAAGGUCUCAUAGCUCAAUCGGAGAUCAAAACACUUCCCCAUCCUGAAGUCUCUCAAUUAAUUGAAGUGCAAUUGGAGCAACAGGCAGCACUAAUUACCCUCCAGCAACAGGAGCACGAGCUUCGAGCUGCCACAGUUUUGUCUCAACAAUCUGAACACUUGCACAGUGUAAUCAGUCGACAGCAGAAUCAGUUGAACGAGCAGGAGAAGAUGUUUAAUAUCCUGGUGAAGAAACAGGCGGACAGACAGGCGGCACUGGAUAUGGAAAUUAAAAUGCAGCAAGCGAAAAUCGAUCACUACAUUCAGGCACUCGCAAAGUCGCCGGUGGAUUCAUUACCAACUUUUCAAUCAGAAUACCAAGAAUUUGGUGUAACAGAAAAAAAUAAAUUGAGAGAAGAUGCUGCCAUGGAGUCGGAUGGUUUAAUAAAUAAAUUAGAGAUUGACAAGCAGAAUGUGGAAAAUAUCGUCAUGGUAUUAAAGGAGAAACAUGAGAGGGAAAUUAAAAUUCUCGAGGAUUCACACGAAACACAGAUGCAUUUCAUGCGCUCGUCAAUGGAGAGGCUCGAGACAAAAUUGCGAGAAGAUACUGAAACAUUGGAGAAAUAUUAUGAAAAUAAAAUAGAAAAAAUAGGAGAUGAGAAGAAUCAGAUGGAGGAAUUACUGAGAGAGCAGAUUCGUGAUCUCAAGGAAGAACAGAAAGAAAUCAUUAACGAAAUGCAUGCAAGACACAAAGACCAAAUAGCUCUACUCCAGAAGGAGCAUUCAGAGACAAUAGAAAAUAUAUCUCGUGCCAAACAGUUGGAGCGACAAGCUGUCGACUUUAUGGAAUCCAACAGAACUAAUCUAGAAAAAAUACUGAAUAAUUCCAAAGAGAUAUUCGAUAAUUUUCAGAACAUUUCAGAUCAAGUGAGCUCCAAAGAGACUGAUCUCAUCACUAAAAAAGAGCGGGAUUUAAUAAAUCAAGAAGAACAAUUACGAGUACUCAGAGAACAACUGAAUUCUCAGCAAGAGUUAUUGGAGAACGAGAGGAAGGAAUUAAUGAUUGCAACCCAUAAUUUGAAGUCUGAAACUAGCCAGUUAUCUCUUCAGAUCCAAAAAAAUACUGAAUUGUAUAAUGACACUGAAACGAGAUUGAGGAUGAAGGAGCAGGCGCUUAUUAAGGAAAGGGAGUGGUUUCAGGAGCAAAAUAAAUGGGAACGAGAUCAUCUCCAGUAUUUGAAAGAAACUUGGAUAACAGAGCAGAAGAGACAAAUGCAGCAAUUGGCAGCUGAGAGGGAAGCAGCAGCUGCUGAAAAAGCUAGGCUCGAAGUUUUAACUUAUCUCAAAGGAAAUUCCGACGAUGUUACGAGAUCAGAACUAGAGGCAGCUAUUAAAGCAGCACAUGAAGCUACUCAUUCAGCGAAUCUCGAAAGAAAAAAAUGGCAAGAGCGGAUUAAAGCCUACGAGGCUGAUCGGGAGAGGAUUUUAGUUAAGGAAAGACAUUUAACAGAGAAAGCUAAAGAAUUGGAAGAUCUUACUCAGUCGGCGGUAUUAAAACGUGAAGAAGGCAUGAGAGCCCUGAGAGAAGCCCAACGACUAGAAAAACAACAUAAUGAUCGCACGAGGCAGUUAGAGAUGCAAUUGGAAUUAUUGGCUCAACGAGAGAAUAAAAUAGCGACUGAAAAACUUUCUUUAGCGAGGGAAAAAUUGACAGUGAAAAUUCACCAAGAGAAACCAGAAAAAGACUUGACUAAUAACUCAUUCCACAGUCAAAAGUACCAGCCUUAUUACAUGUCCCAAAUGCAGACACAUUUUCGGGACGUCGUGGACCCUCAACUUUUACUUCUCAAAUUAAAUCUAGACAAUAAACUAGACACAUCGAAUCAAUUGAUAAGUGAUAUGCAGACGCUAGGCUAAUAAAAUAAUUUUUUAUAUUAAUUGAAUACGAAUAUCAGUCUAGAGUAAUGUAAGGGACGUAUCGAACUGUUGUUCCUCUU